AAGGAUAGAUGUAUGUCCUGUCGUUUUGUAGAUCUAAUUUUGACUUUUUGCAAGAUCGUUUUGCACGUGUAUCGAAUUACGCAUGGAGUCUCAUUCCAAAAUUUACGUCAUACUAAUUAUACGAAUCGUUCGAAAUAGAUCCUGAUUUACGCGAACGAAAUUGCUAGAAGUAACCAGAGAAUUAUCGCACGCUAUCGAACAGGCGAACAUGACUCCUCCGCGAUAAACGCGCGCAUGCGCUCUCGCAGUAACGGAAUGAUCUCGAAAAAGGCGGUAAACCAAAUAUAAAUUGCUGCGCCGACGAUGUCGCGCAGUUAGUCACAAGGUGUAAUUCGAAUCGGUUCGAGUCUGUUACAUCUUCACGCUGUACGGUGCGACUAUUGCGCAGUUUACAAGUAACUUCGAAACGUCAAUUGACAUUGCAUUCGACAUUAUCGUUUCGUAUCGGCGUUUGAUAUCGGUUCUUUGUAGCGCGAGGAACUACUUGAAUAUAGAAAAAAUAGCAUGGCGUUGGUACCGAGGAGCACGUAUCGCGACUGGUGGAACGAAAUGGAUCGUUACCACAAGGACAUAGAGAGGCACUUUGAACGCUUGACUUUGUACCAUGAUAAUGUGUGGCGGAUGCCGCCGUUCCCGUCGUUCCGCAGCUUCCGGCCGUGGCGCAGUGUAUUCGACGACCUGGAUCGCCAGAUGGUCGGCGAGGCCACGAUCGAGCGGGACGACGACAAGUACCGAAUGAUCGUAGACGUACAUCAAUUCGCGCCGGAGGAGAUCACGGUGCGCACCGACAACGAGUACAUCACCAUCGAGGCCAAACACGCGGACAAGCCGGAUAAGCAUGGCUAUAUAUCCAGAGAGUUUAUGCGUCGCUACUUGCUGCCCAAGGGCUACGACAUUGGCCAUGUGCAACCGAGCCUGUCGUCCGACGGUAUCCUCACCAUCACGGCACCCAGAUUGGCACUGCCGGCGCCGGGCGAGCGAAUCUUGCCCAUCAAGCGAAGCCUCUGGCCGGCCAUUCGAGGUCGCAACAAAAUUUAAAAGACGACUUAUACAAUGUACAAAUGUAGUUUGUAGUAGACAUCCGAGAGAUCGCCUAGGUAUUCCAGCUGUUUGCCUCAACUCCAUCUGUGCGUCAAAAGUCCACAAAGAGAUCCACGCAAGAGAUUAUGCAUGAAUUCUGGCAUUAUGCGAAAAUCGAUCGAUUUUGAGCCUUAUGAACAAUUGUUCGGCUUUAUUAGACGUCUUCGCUGAAAGGUGUCCAAAAAUGAGCAGAAGAAACGGCGUUUCUCUGGCAGCCUUUGCGACGUUUUUCAGACACGUUUAGGUCAUUUCGCGGAUGUCUAUUAUGAUGUACAACUGAUCGAUAUAAUGUACCGAUAACGUAAAUUUUUACCGAGAUAUAUAUAUAUAUAUAUGUAUACACAUACAUAUAUAUGUAUGUGUGUAUAUAUAUAUAUAUAUACAUGCGUUCCGUGUAUAUAUGUACAAGGACAAAUCGCAGUUGUUACUCAACGACUGUCUGAUUUAUAUAAUUCAAGAUUGAUUGGCGAUGCGGUCGAUCCUAAUGAACUUGAUUUACAUUUAUAUGAGACUUUAAAAAAUAAAAAAAAAUAAAAGCUAAUGCACACCUAUUCGCUAAAGUCGAUAAUAGUAGUUGGGCGUCCUUCGAGACCUUUCAACUACCUGGUUAGUUAUGUCAUACAACGCAGUUGGUCGUAAUUGCGGCCAAUUACGAAUACAUACAUAUAUAUAUAUAUAUACACACAUUGGCAAUUAUCUGCAGUUAUUAUCGAUUAUUUUGUCGUAAUUAUUUAACGAAUAUCGAUAUCGAUUAUGAGCAACAGGUUGGUCGCAAAAACGGCGGCUUCGUUGCGAAAUCCGCACGACGCUUUGUUAAAUGUUACAUCAUUCGAGCUGUUUAGAGAGACUGCCAGUCUCAGAUACGUUUAAAUCAUCGCACCGCUGCAAAAAUGUAACAACUGCUUUUGCGGAUAGUUUCGCGGAGCUUGUCUCUCUUACGUAAUAAUCUGUUUAAUUUAUUAAUUAUUACGUAAUUGUUUUGUAUUCUUAUAAUUGUUAGCUGUAUAGUUCGAUCGAAUGUGGCAUCCAUAUUUGUAUGAUUUUUUUUAUGUAACACUUGUUCUUAGCGAAGGAAUGCGAAGUGGACAGUAUCGUUUGAACGAUAUAGGUAAUAAUCCGAUACUGAUUAUCAUUUAUUAUUAGCUGCGAAGUCACUCUUGCUUUUACGUUGUUUUUAAGAUUAAUCCCGAGUUCACAGUCUUGCUGUAAGCAGCAACAAAUUGACAAUCACAGUUGUCUGUGGACUGUAAGAAGAAUAAUCAACUAUAGUUGGUUAAUUUACUUAUUGCUUACGUCUGAAAGCAAGGUUGUGGAUUAGAGAUAAGUGUUACAUAAUAAUUCAUACGAAACAAUUACAAUUGUGUUCAUCGUUGGUAAAUCAAAUGCCUGUUCCGCGACUGGUGUUAGGAUAAAGACAUUUCACUCUUUCGCGACAUUCUCGCAGAAUCUCCCGUAGUUUUAUUCACUUUUUACAAAUUCGUAAUUGUUACUCGGAGAGCUUAUAUAAUUUAACAUAAUUGAUACCAUAUAUUUCGCUAAUGAUAUUUCUUUCUCAAUAAAAAAAUGAUUUAAUCUCAAA